AUGUCUUUGGCGACUCGUGAUGCGCUGGAGUUCCCUGACUCCGACAGAGUCUUUCUGGAGCCUCACUUGCCUACACAAGAUACCCCGCAGUCUGAUAUGCCCUUCACAACGUUGACUUUCGCGACAUCACUGGACUCAUCUCUCGCCUUAUCACCUGGUGCACGAACAGUGCUCUCUGGCCCCCAGUCGAAAGCCAUGACUCACUACCUUCGCUCUCGCCACGAUGGUAUACUCAUCGGCGUCGGAACAGCACUGGCAGACGACCCUGGCCUCAAUUGCCGCAUUUCUGGCGUUGGAGGCUAUGGCAAAGAUGGCCUGGUCGGUCAACCACGCCCUGUGGUAAUCGAUUCCACUGCUAGAUGGGAUUUCUCCGAGGAUAGCAAACUAUUCCAACUUUGCAGACAGGGACGUGGCCGAGCACCAUGGAUUAUAACCGCACUUGCGGAACCUCCAGCGGAGAAGAAAGCGCUGCUGGAGAGAUACGGUGGAAAAUUCAUCUCAUUGCAGAUGAACAUUGCCGAAAAUGGGAAAUAUGUUAUCGAUUGGAAGGCCUUGCUCGUUGCACUCCGAGCUAAUGGUCUUCAAAGUGUUAUGAUCGAGGGAGGUGGUCAGGUUAUUAACUCCCUACUCGCACCAGCGUUCAUGUCUUUGAUUGAUAGUGUUAUUGUUACCAUUGCACCUACAUGGCUGGGCCGGGGUGGUGUGGUGGUAUCUCCCGACAGACGCUUUGAUGAAGGAGGGAAUCCAAUGUCUGCGGCUAGGCUGAAGAAAGUCAAGUGGUACCCAUUUGGAGAAGACGUCGUUCUAUGUGGUCAAAUAAAAAACUGA